AUGGAGUCUCAACAAGUCGUGCAGCAAGCAAACCCUAGAUUUGUGCCAUUGCCGUAUCAUGCUGCCACGUUGGAUCUCCGUAAAGAUCCCAUCCACGCCACAGUGUCGAAGAUGCUAUGCCAGUGGAAGAUUGUUCUGAACCCAAGGACCGGAACCUACCAGGUCAGCCUCAUGGCCAUCCCAGCUGAUAUAAAGUACGUAAAGGCUUCCAGCCUCUUCGAAAUGCGAGGCCAAAGCUCCUAA